AUGGUCCGUCUUGCGAUUCUGCGGGCCUUGUCGGUGCUGCUUGCUACCAUCCAAACUGUGUCGAGCACGCCUUUGUCGACUAAGUAUCUGAGUCGAGCGGAUACCUCUUCAUAUAACGACCCAGUAUGGCCUUCGGCAUUGAAUGGUCAGAUUUACGGCACAUCGUGGCCGGAGUUUGCAAAUAAAACGGAGCGCUGGUCGUCAUACAAGGCGCCGACGUUUGACGAAGUAUUCCUCCCUGAGAACGAAAACGAUCUCUCAUUGGGUCUCGAGUUCAUGUCGAGCAAGAACAUGUCAUGGCUGGCCAGAUCGGGAGGACAUGGAUAUUCUCCAACUCUGCAGUCAAUUCAGGAUGGCGUUUUGGUCAACCUAGAAAACUUCAAUCAUGUCAAAGUCCAGUCUGAUGGCACAGUCGUCGUUGGCACGGGCGCGUAUUUUAGCGACUUAAUCAACGCCGUGGGUGCUGCCGGAAGAGAGCUGACCGUGGGCUCAUGCCCCUGCGUCGGAUCAACGGGUGCUAUGCUUGGCGGAGGUUUGGGUCGUCUCCAAGGCUUGCACGGACUGACCAGCGACGCUCUCCGUAAAGUCCGCUUGGCGCUGUGGAAUGGAACUAUCAUUGAAGCAUCCGAACGCCAGAAUCAAGAUCUGUUUUGGGGCAUCCGAGGCUCUGGCCAAAACUAUGGCAUCGUUUUUGAGUCAACAUACGAGACUUGGCCAGCGACCCACGGAGGCAUCCACUAUAGUGCAGACAUGACUUUUGCCAAGAGCUCGAUCAAGAAAGUCAUGAAGAUUAUCAACAAGCUAACAAGUCCGGCGCUGGAUGAUAAACUGGCUCUUCUUACCUUUUUUUCGUUAAAUGCCACGACGUCUGAGCUCACCAUGGUUGUCAACGUCGUGUAUUCUGGACCUAAGGAAGUGGGACAGAAGUAUACCAAGCUCUUUUCGCCUUAUAGCUUGAGCCUUGAAGAGCACAUGCUGAAGUGGGAAGAGCUGCCUACCAAAACUGUUCUCGGCCUUAUUCCUUACUCCUGCGCAUCUGGCCCGCGAUACGAUCUAUACAGUGUAAACGCGAGGACCCUCCACCCGCCAACAUGGGUCGAUUUUGGCAACGAGUUCGAAAAAUUCAUGCAGCAGCACCCCGCGGCCAACGGAUCCUCCAUGAUGAUCGAGACUUUCCCAGUCCAGGGCAUCAAGGCGCUCAGGGACGAUUAUUCCGCCUUUCCUCACCGCAAGUACUUUGACAAUGUUAUCGAAGUCAUUGGAGUAUACAUGGAUGAUAGCGUAGCAAAGCCAGUCGAUGACUUUCUCCGCUCUUGGCGAGACAAAUUCGCCGCUACCUCUGGAUAUGAAAAGCUCCAUGUCUAUCAGAACUACGCUCACGACGAUGAACCGCUGUCGGCGCUUUACGGAUACCAGCCGUGGCGUCAUGAGCGGCUUACGAAGCUAAAGGGUGCUUAUGACCCCUAUGGCUUCUUUGAUGGCUACCACGCCGUGCCAUCUGAUGUCAAGAAAUGGACUUAG